AUGCGGGAUAUUCAUGAGAUUGCCAAGUUGUUUCCUGGUUUAUAUGGUCAGCCAUCUGUAUCUGUUGUUCCUGACCAGAAUGCAGCAGCUUCGUCCAGACAGAAACUGAAGAUCAGUGUUGUUUUCUCUGGAGGGCAGGCACCUGGGCACAAUGUCAUCUCUGGACUGUUCGAUUACUUGCAGGAGCGUGCUAAAGGAAGUACGUUUUACGGGUUCAAGGGUGGUCCAGCUGGUAUCAUGAAAUGCAAAUACGUUGAGUUGAAUGCUGAAUACAUUCACCCUUACAUAAACCAGGGUGGUUUUGACAUGAUCUGCAGUGGAAGAGACAAGAUUGAAACCCCUGAGCAGUUUAAACAAGUUGAAGAAACAGCAAAGAAGCUAGAUUUGGACGGAUUGGUAGUUAUCGGAGAGGAUGACUCCAACACCAAUGCUUGCCUCCUUGCUGAAAACUUCAGGAGUAAGACCUUGAAAACCCGAGUCACUGGCUGCCCCAAGACCAUUGAUGGUGAUUUGAAAUGCAUAGAGGUUCCUACUAGUUUUGGAUUUGAUACUGCUUGCAAGAUUUACACUGAAAUGAUUGGAAAUGUCAUGAUUGAUGCAAGGUCAACUGGAAAGUAUUACCACUCUGUACGACUUAUGGGUCGUGCUGCUUCCCACAUUAUGCUCGAGUGUGCCUUACAAACUCACCCAAACAUAACCAUUAUUGGAGAGAAAGUGUCUGCGCAGAAGCAGACUUUGAAGAAUGUCACGGAUUACAUGGUAGAUGUUAUCUGCAAGCGUUCUGAACUUGGUUACAACUACGGUGUUAUUCUGAUUCCAGAAGGUCUGAUCGAUUUUAUUCCCGAGGUCCAAGAGCUGAUCGCAGAACUAAAUGAAAUUUUGGCAAAUGAGGUUGUUGAUGAAAGUGGAGAGCGGAAGAAGAAGCUCGCUGAACAAUCUUUGAAGCUCUUUGACCUUCUACCUGAAGCGAUUCAGGAACAACUGAUACUCGAGAGAGAACCACACGGAAAUGUCCAGGUGGCCAAGAUUGAGACAGAGAAGAUGCUUAUUCAAAUGGUUGAAACUGAGCUGGAGAAAAGAAAGCAAGCUGGUUCUUACAAGGGACAGUUCAUGGGGCAGUCUCAUUUCUUCGGGUAUAAAGGAAGAUGUGGUUUGCCUACAAAUUUUGAUGCAACCUACUGUUAUGCGCUUGGUUAUGGCGCUGGAGUACUUCUCAACAGUGGGAAAACCGGACUGAUCUCUUCGUAACUGUAAUGGGCGCAUGUGGGGAACUUGGCUGCUCCUGUGGAAGAGUGGACUGUAGGUGGGACUGCUCUUACAGCCUUGAUGGAUGUCGAGAGGAGACACGGUAAGUUCAAGUUUGUGAUCAAGCAAGCAAUGGUGGAGCUUGAAGGUGCACCGUUUAAGAAAUUCACAUCACUGCGCGAGGUAUGGGCUUUGAAGAAUCGAUACAUCAGCCCUGGUCCAAUCCAAUUCACGGGACCUGGUUCAGAUGCUCUCAGCCACACUCUACUUCUUAAACUUGGUGAUCAAUAAUCUCUGGAUUAACCAGUCUCUUUUCAUUUUCUUGAUUUUCUGCUUUCAUUGGAGACGCACAUUUGAUCUUUCUUUCUUAUCUUGGAAAGUCUACAUGUUACGGUUAAGCUUUCACCACACUAGAUGUUGUCUUCCCCUUCUGUUCUUUUACAUAUAAUAAUAUCAUAAUGUGGAUGACAUAGUCUAAAAU